UGAGACACCUCCUACUAUGGUGCAACAUCCUCCACCCUGCUGUUCUAAGUUCCUACUUUUAUUUCAGUGUGUUGCUGCCAUGAUCAAUGGAGCUGUAAGGAUUAACUGGGGGAUUAAUGAAGACGUGCGUUAUGGCCAGUAGCGGACAAAACGAGAGAGUCCUGCUGGAGCUGGUGAAGCAGCCGGAGAACAGUGUGUGCGCGGACUGUGGUGCUCCUGGUCCAGAUUGGGUUUGCUGCAACCUGGGCUUGUUUGUUUGCCUGAACUGCUCGGGUGUCCAUCGCAACUUUUCCCACAGAGUCAGAUCCAUAAAGCUGGACUUCUGGGAGGACGACCUCGUAGAGUUUAUGAAGUCCAAGGGAAACGUCUGCGCCAAAGCCUUGUACGAGAAGGCUGUUCCUCCUUAUUAUUACCGUCCACAGCCGAGUGACUGCAGUGUCCUGCGUGAACAGUGGAUUCGGGCGAAAUAUGAGAGGACGGAGUUUAACGGAGAAACCAAGUACCCUCCACCCGCAUACACCACAGGGUUCUAUGAAGGAACUUUGUGGAAAAAAGGCAAAGACAAGAUACAAUUCUUGAAGAGGAAGUUUGUUUUGUCGCGGAGAGACUCCGUUCUCACCUACUUCAACAAGGAAGACGAAUUCAAAGGCCCUAAAGCUGUAAUACCCAUAAAAGACCUGAACGCCACCUUCCAGCCGGAGAAGAUCGGUCAUCCCAACGGUCUGCAGCUCUGCUACCAGUGCAAUGAUCGCACCAGGAACCUUUACGUUUACCAUGAAAGUGCUGAGGAAGUAGUCACUUGGUUCAACGCCAUCAGGGCUGCGCGUUACGUUUACCUGCAGGACACUUACCCGACACUAAGUGGCGCUGAACUCGUUCCAAAAAUAACCUGGAACUUCCUGAAGCAAGGAUACAUGGAAAAAACAGGUCCAUUGAAAACGGAGGCUUUUAAAAAGAGGUGGUUUGUCUUGGAUGCUGUGUCCAGAAAGCUGCUCUACUUCAAAGACCAACUGGAUGCAGAAGAGUUGGGGGUGAUCUUCAUCGGCCUUGAGAACAAAGGUUACUCGGCCCGCCGGUGCAUCCCGAAACAUUCCAAAUGGAGCAAGUGGAAGUGCGGCAUCACCCUGGAGACGCCUGCGAGGAAGUACGUGUUCAUGUGCGAGCAGGACCGAGAGCAGAUCGAGUGGCUGGACGCGCUGAGAGACGUGAUGUCGACGCCCAUGUCACCUGAAGAUUACACCACUGCAGCCACAAUCCAACUACAAAGACGAACAAUUUGAAGAACGUUUUGGACGGCACAUCUUUAUUUUAGUCUAGUUUGAUUGUUGUCCCAAUUUAAAUCUUUUUUUUUUUUUUAAUAAAUAUAUCUUCAUUGUAUUUUCCCAAAAUCUUUAAUAAAUAU